GAACGGUCGCUGCGGACGGCGCGGAUAUUUUGAUUUCGGACCAUAUAUGGGAUAUAUGGGACCGUGGGUAUGAUAUCUCUAUAUAUCUUAUGUUUUCCACAGACUUUCUGGCCUUGGACUUUACCGUGACUGUUUUCGGAAUGAGUACCUAACCAAGGUGGACAGUAAAGCACCAAAAUUAGGGAAAAAUGGUGAAUACUACUGGUAAUUCCGAACCUACAACGCCACAAGCAGCAGCAAAUGUUGAUCGAAGGCGCAUCACCCGAGAAGUGGGCAGGACUGCACGGCCGAGCGGCGGCCCCUGCCCCAGUGUUCGCUGCGAUAACUUGGAGACGGACAAUGAUCGCGCAGAAACGCCGCCGCCGCUCCGCGGCAGCGGCGUGCAGCUGGCCCGGGACGGCGUGCCGGCCGCUGACUCUAGCCAGAUGAGACUACCCAGUCGCUCCCGGCCCAGUAUAGAGAACUGCGGCUUCGCCCGCGCCAUGAUGAAACAGAUGCCCUCCAAAAUGGCCCUGUCCGCCAGCGGUAUCGCCAACCUGGGGUACGGCCGCUCGGCGCCGGACGUUACCAUGACAGGAGCCGGCCUGGGCACAUCGUCCACCAGCUUCUUCCGCGCCACACCCUCCCUCAUCAGGUACGAGAAGGACGUGGCGAGGCUCGCCGAAAUCAUUGAGGCGGAAGUGAGGGCGCAGAAGAACUCAAUGUUCAUCGAGGACCGGAAAAUCACGCGGCUGCGGGAGCUCCCCGUCAGUCUGACGGUGAAGCGCAAGGUCCGCCAGCGGCUGGAGACUAACCUGAUGGAACGGAAGGCGCUCGUCAAGCAGACGCGACUGAUGCGCUGGAGCGCAGACGCCGGCCGCGCCCUCGUGCUGACCAAACGGUACAUGGCCGAGGCCCACGGUCUCGUUCACAUCUGGCACGAGCAGAUGAAGACGAUCGAGGGCAACUUUGGCCAGAACGUCGGCCUCUACUUCCGCUUCAUGCGCUGGCUGCUGAUCGUCAACAUGGAGGUCCUCCUCAUCAGUUUCCUGUUCCUGGUGGUGCCCCAGCUGGUGAUGACCAUCUACGAUCCCGAGGCCGCCCGUCGCAGCGCUCUCGGACUCCCGGAUCCGAUCCAUGCGCGAAUGGAGAUGGAGAACAGAACGAUACCGAACCUGCACUUCUUCCUGAGUAACCUGCUUACCGGACAGGGGUGGCUGUACUCGACGCCCAUGUACUACGGCUACUACUACCGCGACUCGAUCCGGACGUCGUCCUACACGCACUACCACAUGCCGUCCGCCUACCUAGCCAUCACCACCUUCUGCAUCACCUACCAGCUGAUGAAGCUGGCCACCAGCACGGCGCGCUCCUACCGUAAGAACUUUAUCGACGUGUCCACCGACACCAGCGGCAACGUGGCCAACCUGAUCUUCGCCGGGUGGGACGCUCGCGUCACAUCCCAGGAGCUGGCCGAGCUGAAACGCACCGGACUCUACCAGGCAUUCCAGCGGAAGCUCAAGAAGAAGGAGGAGCUGCACGCGGCCGAGCAGGCUGCUGCGGCCGGGGAAGACCCGGCGGCGGCCGCCCAGCGCCGGCGUGCUCAGCUGUACACGGUGCUGGGCCGGCUGGCCAGCAACCUGCUGGUGGUGGCCGUGCUGGGCGCCGUGGCCGUGCUCACCUGGAACGUCAUGGGCAUGGACGCGACGCUGGGCCCGGACGGCAGCUUCAUCUCCCUCCUGGGCUCCGCCAUCAUGAUCAGCGCCUCCAUGGCGCUCUUCCCAAUGCUCUUCCAGUUCCUCGGCAUGCUGGAGAACUUCAAACACCCCCGAGCGCUCAUGUUCAUCACGUUGAUCAGGAUGGUGGUGAUGGCCAUCAUCAUCCUGGGCACCAUCGUGAUCUACUGGGUGCAGCAGGUCAACAACCGCUCCACCGAUACUGACUCGGGCGCCCGGGACGAGUGUUGGGAGAAUGAGGUGGGAUCGGAGCUGUACCAGCUGAUGAUCGUCGACCUGUUCUUCAUGUUCGUCUUCGAGCUGGGACUCGAGUUCGCCAGAAAAGUGGCACACGAGCACGGUCUCUGGGUGGAGGAGCCGCACUUUGACAUCCCACGGAACACCAUGUUCCUGAUCUACAGUCAGACACUGGUGUGGACGGGCGCCUACUUCAGUCCGCUGCUGUCGCUCGUGGGAUCCGCCAAACUCGCCAUCAUGUUCUACGUUCGAAAGUGGUCCAUGUUCCGUCACUGCACGCCCCAGUCGCGCUCCGUGAGGGCCUCCCAGACGCAGACCCUGUUCAGAAUGGUGGCCUUCAUCGUGUGCUUUCUGGCCGCCUGCUUCACCGGCUACAUCGUCACCAAUGUGCGUCCGUCGGCUACCUGCGGUCCGUUCCAGCAGAAAUCACUGCCCUCCGUAGUCGUCAACGAUACUUUCACAAGAUGGAAGGACGAGGGUCACACGGCGCCCUACACCAUGGCUAUGUACUCUAGCCGACCGGGCGUGGUGGCUGUGUGGCUGCUCAUCUUCAGUGUUGUGGCCUACUACCUGCGCUCUCUGGCGCUGGCCCGUCAGGAGAUGAUUGUCCUGCUGCGCGGACAGCUAGUGCUGGAGGGACAGGAUAAGGUCAUGCUGCUGCAGCUCAUCGACGAGGCCGCCACGCGACUGCAGGGGAUGCGUCGUAUCAACCGUCCCGGCCUGCCAGACGUCGAGGAAGAGGACGAUGACCAGCAAGUACUCCCCGUGGACGACCCGCGCGCCAUCAUCAAGGUGCUCUUCGAGCCGGCUAAAGAUGAUGAACCGGAACCGGAGGCCCAGCCGCCGCCGCCGCCGCCGCCCCCGCCAUCCCCGCACUCACUCUCAGCGGCCGCUGAGCUGGCCGAGGCGCGGUUGGCGGUGGAGCAGGCGGGAAAAUCGCCGCCGCGCCUCUCCGUGGUGCGCCGCACACCGUUCCCGCUGGGUACGACCGGCACGGGCGGCCCCAGCAGCCAGAUACGGCGACCCAGCAAGGUCACAAAGGCGGACGAGAAACGCCAGGCUGGCCAGUUCUGGCACUGGUUCAGGGACAAGCUGGAGGGGUCCUCGGACGAGGAGACCGACACGGACUCCAACCUCAGCAGCUAAAUACUGGUCGCGGCACGCCCAGGAUGACGAAAAGCCACCUCAAAAAUGAACGGACACCGGGCGCCGGAGCUGUGUUGAACGGCGCCAUGGGAGGAAAUGUUCGAGACAAUCGACCUUUGUUUAUUGAUGGCGGUGCGUGUGUCACAUGUUGGAUUCCCAGCGCUUUAUAAGUACAUGCAUCGUUCGCUGUAUAAAAUGUAUAAUAAAAUAAUAUGUCGUAGUGUCAUA